UUAGGUACACUCGUUCUGUAUCGUUUCGUUACUUCACACUGACAAAGUAAAGUGGCUUUUUAACGAUCGUUCGAUUUGAGAAAGAUCCUUCCUAUCUUUGGCUAGCUUGGCUAGCUAUUGAAUUUGAAUUGGAUGAAGUUGUUGCUGCUAAUUAGGAAAUUAAUAAACCGCUACUGUAAAUUUACUCUCGUUAGAGAAAGUAGAAUGUAUUAAUCACGACCGUUGAGUAAGUGAUUUCUGUUAUGAUCGAUUGUUCGAUUAAUUAUGUCCGUAUUCAAAGUUUUAAGCGCCUCAACUGAGGCCGAUCAUGUAUAUUUUUAGUUUCUAUAAUUAUAAUUUUCAUAUAUUGGAUAUAUUAUAUUAUAUUUUAAUAAAUUGCGGAAAUUUGUACAAUGAACGAGUAUUUUAUAUCAGCGAUUAAACGUGUUAGAGAAUAAUUAACGGUGCUGUUUGAUGAACUAAUAAAAACACAAUAAACAAACACGGUAAAUUGAAGGAUAAGAAACAUGGACUGCAAUGUAUUGAUUCCUAAUACAUAAUUCUAUUUUUGAUCCUGUUCAAUUCUGUACUUCCAGCGUUUAUCAUUUUGUCAUUCUUUUGAUUGUUAUUAAUAUAUUUGAAUCUUUAAGAACUUUUUAAAAUAAUUAUAUUUUCAUAAAUAAAAUUUGGAUCAGAUAAAAUUUUGUGAUUUCGUUUGACUGCAAUAUUCAUUUUUUGUAACCAAAUAAUACUGUGGAUCAGUUAGGUUAUAUUCACGUGAUUAUUCGCUGAAAGUCAGAGUUACUGUGUACAUAAACAAACAGAAUUUAACAUGAAUGAAGUUUUGAAUAGCAAUUUUGAUGCUGUGUAUCCACGGAUAGAGAAUGCUAUAAACAAUGCAGCUUUCAUUGCGAUAGAUGCUGAAAUGUCAGGUAUACAUACGGAGAGAGAUUUGAAAAAUAGUUUAUUUGAUACUCUCAAUGAUCGUUACACGGCAUGGAAAAGAAACAUUCAGCAAUUCGUAAUUGUACAAUUUGGCAUUACAACUUUUUAUCGUGUUCCCUCUAAGAAUGCCUAUAAAGCGGACAGCUUUACUUUUUACUUGUUUCCUAGAUCUAUACCAUUAAAAAAUAGACAAUUGUCAUGGGAAGUGGAAGCGAUGGAUUUCCUUUAUAAACAUGGCUUUGAUUUUAAUAAAUUCUUAGUCGGAGGUAUUUCGUAUAUUGACGAAAUAGAUGAGAAAUUAAUGCUUGAUCACAUAACACAAGGUGAUAUAGAAGAUUGUUUAUCACUUUUAUCCUACGACGAAGAAGAAAAUUUCAAAGAGUGCAAGAGCAAGGUUUGUGAAUGGAUUUCUAAUAAGUCAGAAAAUGCACCAUUAAAGUUGGAAACUAUCACUCCUAUGGUACAGUAUGUAUUACAUAAAGACUUAAGGAAUAAUUACAACGAUAUUUGGACUACGUCAGACUGUAAAUCAAUAGAUGUUAUGAAAAUAUCGGGUAAUGCACAGGAUGAUUUGUCCAAGAAGAAUAAUUUAGAAGAUGUACUGCUAGAUUUUUAUUUAGGUUUUUCCAAAGUAUUUAAGCUUUUGUCCUCUAGUAAGAAAAUGAUAAUAGGGCACAAUAUACUUUUGGAUUUAAUGUUCAUGCAUCAACAAUUCUAUAAGCCACUACCAGAUUCAUACAAAGAAUUCAAAAGUAAUAUACAUACAUUAUUUCCACAAAUAUAUGACACAAAAUUCUUAAGCUUUGAGUUGCGAAAAUUAUAUAGCAAGGAUGAAGUAAACUGGAAAAUAAAUUCAUUGAAUAUUUUGUACGAAUAUUUUACAACUCAAGGACGAAUUAUAACUUAUAAUUCACCAGAGAUUAUCUUUAAUGAAGAAUUUUCACAUAAAAAGAAUUAUCAUAGCGCUGGGUGGGAUUCUUACUUUUGUGGAUAUAUAUUUGUGAAAAUGGCACAUAUAUUUUGUGUAAAGAAAUUUGGGACGGGUUUAGAAGAAAGGAUAGCGUCCCAUACUGAGUUAAUGAGCAGUGUAAAAGAUUUUAUAAAUUCUAUAAAUAUAACAAGAGGCAAUGAAAUAUAUAUGAAACUUGAUGGAGAAGAUCCAGUGUUAUCGAGACCAGAAUGGCUUCAUGUCAAGUUGAAGUCACCAUCUCUAGAUAUCAAGCAGUUAAUGAUGAAAUUCUCAUCUUAUGGUUCAAUGGAUGUAAUGCCCUUUGCUCGGAGACGCGUUUUAGUAGCUGUCUCAAACCACAAUACCGCGUCGGAGAUAUUGCGGCAAUUCAAGAGCAGCAAGGAAUUACAGGUGACACGGUACAACCGCAUAAAACACGCGACGUCCAUGACCAUUCUUUUGUGGAGCGGAGCUGUUCUGUCCGGAGGUAUUCUUGCCUGGAUGUUAAAAAAUAUUUCUAAAACGUAUAUCAAUCAAUGCAUAUCUUAAUCAAUCAUAUGCAUAUUUGAUAAUGGGGAACGUUACAAAAGUAAAUCCCAGUAACGAAACGAUUAUUCCAGUUGAUUUUCGUAUGGCAGAAGAUACAGAAUAAACAUUCAAUUUUA